AUGGAAAACAACAACAACAACAUCAACAACAAUGGUGGCACGGGAAGCCCUUCAGUUUACAGAGGAGUAAGGAAGCGAAGAUGGGGAAAAUGGGUAUCUGAAAUACGUGAGCCAGGUAAGAAAACUCGGAUAUGGUUAGGUAGCUUCGAUACUGAAGAAAUGGCAGCCGUAGCCCAUGAUGCUGCUGCUUAUUUCUUUCGAGGGUCUGCAGCUCAACUGAACUUUCCUGUAUUGGUUGGCAAUCUUCCUCGUCCGGCUAGCUCGAGCGCUGAAGAUAUAAGAAUGGCAGCCCAAGAAGCAUCUUUGCUGGUGAAGAAUUUGAGUGGAGAUCAGCAUAAUGGUGGUCAUCAGGCUGCAUCAGGAAGCUCUAGCAACAUGGCUAACCCCAUUGAUACUCAGCCGCUUACGGUAGGGCUCUCCCCCGUCCAAAUUCAGGCCAUCAAUGACUUGCCAUUGGAGUCACCAGAUUACAAAAGGUGGAUGGAGAUGGCAUCUGGUUCAGAAGUUUUAGAGGAACCAAUGAUUUUUCCUGAUGACUAUGACAUGGCUGACUAUGAAGAGAUACCUGAUGAUUCGCUAUGGGGUUAG